AUGACCAAGUACGACCAGUACGAAGGGUUCCAGGUGGACUCGGCAAAAGACUACACCACCUUCACCAAGAGGAAAUUCGACACCAAGCCCUUUGGCGACUACGAUGUCGAGAUCAAGAUCGAGUGCUGCGGUGUCUGCAGCAGCGACAUCCACACCAUCGACGGCGGAUGGGGCGAGAGGAUCCUGCCCCUGACUGUCGGCCACGAGAUCGUAGGCAAGGCCCUCAAGGUCGGCCCCAAGGUCACCAAGAUCAAGGCCGGCGAGCGUGUCGGCGUCGGCGCCCAGUCCUACUCGUGCCUCGAGUGCCGCCAGUGCCGGAACGACAACGAGACGUACUGCGCCAAGCAGAUGGACACCUACGGCAGCGUCUGGCCCGACACGGGCCUCGUGACGCAGGGCGGCUACGCCUCGCACGUCCGCACCCACGAGCACUGGGUCUUCCCCAUCCCCGACGCCAUCCCCAGCGCCCUCGCGGCGCCCAUGCUCUGCGCCGGCAUCACCAUGUACAGCCCGCUCGUGCGCAACGGCGCCGGGCCGGGCAAGAAGGUCGCCGUCGUCGGGCUCGGGGGCCUGGGCCACUUCGGCGUGCUCUGGGCCAAGGCCCUCGGCGCCGAGACCUGGGUCGUCUCGCGCACGCACGCCAAGGAGGCCGACGCCCGCGCCAUGGGCGCCGACGGCUUCCUGGCCACCUCGGACGGGGGCUGGAACGAGCCGCACCGCAUGACGUUCGACCUGGUCAUCAGCACGGCCAACGACUUCGGCCCCGGCUUCGACCUCGCCGGCUACCUGUCGCUGCUCGACGUGCACGGCAAGUUUAUCAGCGCGGGCGUGCCCGAGGACUCCAAGCUCGAGAUCACGACGCCCAUGCUCAUCGCCAGCGGGUGCUUCAUCGGCUCGUCGCACCUCGGCAGCCGCAGGGAGAUGCUCGAGAUGCUGCAGCUCGCCGCCGACAAUGGCAUCAAGGCGUGGGUCGAGGAGGUGCCCAUCAGCGCCGAGAGCCUGUCCAGCACUGUCAAGCGGCUGGAGAAGAACGACGUCCGGUACCGGUUUACCAUGGUGGACUAUGACAAGGCCUUUGGUGCUUAG